AAUCUCGUCCCAGACCUCUCCACCACCGCCGCACCCCCCCAUCCACCACCCUCCGCCCUGCCCUGUCCACCGCCACUUAAAUAGAAGCCAUGCUGCGGGUCUGAGCCCCUGAAACAGCGAGAGUUGAGGCCGGGAGUUUCGGAGUCUAUAGGAGGGGAGGCGGGGACAUCGGGAGAAGAGAUUAGGGAGUGCGGGGAGCCAAGAAUUCGCAGGCGAAAGGAGGUUGGAGGCUCAAUAGUAUAUGCGGUAGAAAACCCAGGGAUAUAUGUGAGACCAAGAGGGAAGUAAAUCGAGACACCUAGGACCUUGCAGGCGUCUGAGGACGUGUGAGUCUCUGAAACCAGAAAUUGAAGAGACCAGGCCACCAAGAGGCUAGGAAACUCAGAGCCGACACGUCCAGGAGACUCGAAAUCCAGGCGACCUUCGGUCAAUUAGAGUCCGUGCGUUCAAGUAAGCAGGUGACAAGUAGCCCAGAACACCAGGAGCUCAACAACCCAAGAGACAAGGAUUCUCAGAGCCCAGACGUGCAGGAAACCACAGAUCUAGGAGAUCAGAGAACAGGAUUCUAAGGUGACAAGAAAUCAGGAGGUAAGCUGACAAGGAGGCCAGAGGAAACCAGUAUCCUAAGAGUCAAGGAGAUCAGUGCUUCUUGUAAUGGGGGCUCCAUUCACCGGCUGCCUGGCCUUAGGGCUCAUGCUCGCCGCCUGGAGCCUCGGCUCCACCUCGGAGCCUGGGAAGGUUCGGCCGGGCCGUCAGCACGAUGAGAGAGCGGUGGGAACGGCGACCGGGCCGUGCCCCUUUGGGGUCCCAGGCCCCUCUGGCCGCGAUGGCCUGCCCGGACCCAGCGGGACCCCGGGAACUCCGGGGGUCCCUGGCCUGCCAGGGAGGGACGGGACCCCAGGGCUCCCUGGCAGAGACGGCCCUGCCGGGGAGUGCGGGGAGCGGGGAGACCGGGCCGAGCGAGGGAUCUGGAAGCCCAACAUCAAGCAGUGCGCGUGGAACGCAUUCAACAACGGCCAGGACCUGGGCAAGAUACAGUCGUGCACCUUCACGAAGGAGCGUGGUGACAGCAGCGUGCGCGUGCUCUUCUCGGGCGCUAUGCGCCUGCGCUGCUCGGUGCCGUGCUGCUCGCGCUGGUACUUGACCUUCAACGGCGCAGAAUGCUCCGGCCCGCUGCCCAUCGAGGCCAUCGUGUACCUGGACCCGGGCAGCAGCCCCUCCGAGACCAACGCCUCCAUCAACAUCCACCGCACCACCAGUGUGGAGGGUUUGUGCGACGGUGUGUCGGCCGGGGUGCUGGACGUGGCGCUGUGGCUGGGCACGUGCGCCGUCGGGGGCUUCCCGCACGGGGACGCGUCCACCGGGUGGAACUCCGUGUCGCGUCUCAUCAUCGAGGAGCUCUUCAAGUAACGGGCCGAGCCUUCUCGCUCGCUUCCCCCACCACCCCCCCCCCCCCCCCCACAUUGAAACCGUUCAAUUUGGAGUAUUAGUGUCGGAUUAUGAAGUCAGUAAAAAACUGGUUCACACACAUGUUGUUGCAUUGGGACUUUCUUUCACCGUACAUGUCCAAGCCUUGGUCAUGAUAUUUCAUGUGUUAAUUCCAUCUACUUUAUAUUCGUGGUUCUUUUGGUAGUCACGUAGAAGGGAAAUAAUAAAAUAAGAAAAAUAUAAAACAAUAAAAAUUCUCACGACGAUAAUUAUAAAUUUUGUAACAUUUUCUUGCUGUGGAUUUCACACCUGACGAUUGCUUGUGUUGCAGUCGAAACGUCGUGAGAAUUUUGAUUGUGUUAUAUUUUUAUUAUUUUAUUAUUUCCCUUCUACGUCACUUUACCGAAAGAACCAAGAAUAUGAAUCCCUGCAGUUACGAAAGCUUUAAAUAAAAAAAAUCAUCUACUUUGUUUACCCAGGAAAGAUUCAACAAGUGUCAACUCUUUCUGGAGGUUCCUGCCAAAUUUUAACAGUUGGGCACAAUGAUUGCCAUGUGUACUCCCAAUGAAGUCAUUUUCAGGUAAUAUUUUCUAAUUUAGCAAAUUUGGACCAUAACACCAGCACAAAAUGGUCUACUCUUGCGAAUGCCGUCACAGGAUCAAAAAUCUUGAUUUGAAGCUUUCAUGACUGCAGGAAUCUAUACUCUUUGGUUCUUUCGGUAAAGUCACGUAGGUAGAAAAUAAAAUAAUUAACGUUUUGGUCACAACACAAGCAUCCAUCAUCAGGUUUGUGCCCAAAACGUCGUGAUCUAUUUUACUUUAUACCUACGUGACUUUACCGAAAGAACCAAAAAGUAAGAUAAAAAAUGUCCACUGUGAAAGCAGAUGGCAAGUAAUAUUUUUAAGAUUAAUAUGCACAGUAUUAAGUCAGGGAGGCUGCUGGAUAUUAACCGAUAAACACACAAAUACUUUCUAAAACCUCUUGUGUUACUGUUGGAAUAAAGUUUACUUGCGAAUACAGAACUAAUAUUUAAUAGAGGUUGAUAAUAUUACACCGUCAUCCCGGUUACUAUCGAGUGCGCUCAAACAUUUGCACUGCAUUGACUUUCACACGCAAUUGAAGGGCAUCUCUUAAAAGAUGCUACCGCCCACACAGCAAAACACAUAACCAUUCCCACCAGGUGUUGGUGGCUGUAUGGAAAUUAAUAAAUUAGGCAAACUCUGGGAAGUUAGAAAAACAAAUUAAAAAAAAGUUUUUAUUAUACCACUUAUAUAGCGUGUUGCGUUACAAGACGAAAAACAUUAUAGAUCAAAAUGUUUCCAAAACGAGAUUAUGUUCAGAUCAAGUCACAGAGCCUGACUCACGUUAACUGUACGUACCCCUAUAGUAGUAGUGUGUCGGAGUGAGCAGUGCCGAGUGGUAACUCGGCUACUCACACGUAUACACGGUACCGUUAAAUUAAAUAGUUCUCCGCUGAAAAAAAAA